AUGAAGACUUUUCCAGUUUUUAUCCUGUUUUUCCUGAUUUUCCCAACUGAAAUUUCUUCAUCAAACCCAUCCUUGGGAUGCAGUCCAGAUGUUACAGCUCUCAAACGCAGCAUACGGAAACUGGAAAACAAACUCCUCAUAGGCGCUUGGCAGGUGGAACACUUGCAGAAGCAUAAAUUCUUCCGUCCGAUUGCACCGAGUCCGAGUCUGACAAGCUCCAACAAUGGCAGCGGGAUGUUGGAAAGCUCCAACACGACCCUUGUGAAGCCUCUUCCACCAGCAGGAAACCUGAUUGUCCAUGACAGAGAUUGUUCUGAGCUGUUUGACAGAAUAAGACCACCCAGCGGGUUUUAUCGCAUCAGGCCCAGAAUCUACCAGGAGCCCGUUUUGGUCUACUGCGACAUGGAUGAUGGAGGAGGUUGGACGGUGUUCCAGAAACGGCGACAUGGAAAAGUUGACUUUAACAGAGACUGGGUGGAUUAUCGGGACGGUUUUGGUGACUUUAAACUGUGGAAUGACGAGUUCUGGUUGGGAAAUGAACACAUCUAUGCUCUGCUUUCGGAAGGUCAGAAUUUGGUGAAGAUUGACCUAAUGGACUGGGCGGGACAGCGAAAUCACGCAUAUUACGAGAACUUCCGCAUCACAAAUGAAGCUGAUCGCUACCGCCUCAAGUACAGGCUUUACAGUGGAAAAGCUGGGGAUGCUUUGGCAGGUGGAAGCGGCAUGGUGGAGCGGUGGUCCGCGGGCCUCAAUGGCAUGCAGUUCAGCACUAAGGAUCAGGACAAUGACCGUUACCUUCAAGGUAGCUGUGCCCAGGAGAACAAUGCAGGUUGGUGGUACAACAGAUGCCACAUGGCCAAUCUGAACGGAAAGUUCUACCGCAAAGGGGAAUACAAAGGACAAAAUGACAAUGGUGUGGUGUGGGGCACAUGGAGGGGCCUUUGGUACUCCCUAAGGCACACUACCAUGAAAGUGCGCCCCCUGCUUUUCUUGGAUGCCAUGGGCAGCGGUGGCGGGGAAGGUUAA